AUGGAUGUCUUUAAUAAAGGCUUGUAACAUCCUGAAGUUACUGUCCGCUGCUAAGUCAGAUGCAAAACAGGGACUAUACUCUAACAAAGGGAAGAUGCUUACCGUGCUGAGCUUUGUGGCAUUGCUGUCAGUGGUUGGAGCAGCCACCACAGUGGAGAGAGCAGCGCAUGACUACUUCAGAUACCAUCCCAUGCCAGAGAUCUCUAAAUGGAUGGCUCAGAUUGCGAACGAUUAUCCUGAGAUUGUGACCAUCAUGGAAUAUGGACAAACCUAUGAGAAGAGGACUAUUAGCCUGCUGAAGAUUGGCGUUGAUACAGGAGAAAAGAAGAAAGCUAUCUGGAUGGACUGUGGUAUUCACGCCAGGGAAUGGAUCGCCCCCGCCUUCUGUCAGUACUUUGUCAAACAGAUCCUGGAUGCAUCCAAGAAAGACCCAAAAAUGGAGGAGAUGAUGAAGAACAUGGACUUCUACGUCACCCCUGUUCUCAACAUGGACGGCUACAUCCACUCCUGGGUCAACGAAUCAACUCGACUGUGGAGGAAGAACAGGUCGCCAGGACCCGACGGCUGUGGAUGCUACGGCACCGAUCUCAACCGCAACUUUGAUGCCAACUGGGGAACAGUCGGAGUAUCAAAGAACUGCUGCAACCAGACCUACUGCGGCAGCCAAGCUUUGUCUGAGCCUGAGGCCCAGGCCGUCACUUAUUUUGUAGGAACCCGGAAGGAAGACUUCCUGUGUUUCCUCACCAUCCACUCCUACGGCCAGCUGCUGCUGCUUCCUUAUGGACACCCAAACUUCACCGCCCCCAACUACAAUGAGCUGAUGGCGGUGGGUUUGGCUGCAGCGGACGCCAUUAGGAAGGUCCAUGGGAUGAACUACAAGGUUGGAACCUCACCAGAUAUAUUGUACGCGAACUCUGGUUCAUCCAGAGACUGGGCUCGGCUGCAGGGGAUCCCCUACGCCUUCACCUUCGAGCUGAGAGAUAACGGGACAUACGGUUUCAAACUUCCACAAGAUCAGAUCAAGCCGACCUGCGAGGAGGCCUACGAGGGAGCCCUGCACAUCAUCACCUACGCCCACGACAAGACCUUUAACAGUGCUGUGGCAACUGCUGCUGCAACCCUGUGGGCCUUACUGUUAGCUGCUGGUGUCACCAGCACCAACCUCAUGUGAGGAGAAAAUUACACAAGGGAAGCUGACAAAAUCCAAACCAGUUUCAGUCAUCUUGAAUAGAUGGCACUGGUAUUUAGUCCAAAGGAUUUAAGUAGGUUUCAGAAAAAGUUCCAGUUUUUAAGAUAUUGGGUUUGUAAGAUGUUCAUGUUUAAGGAGGAUUUUUUGUGUUGAUAAAUGAUGGUGAAUAUUAUUGUAUUAAUGAUGAAAAGGUAUUCAGAUUUUGUUCAAAUUAUUAUCAAACUGUUGUACUGUAAGGAGUAUUUGGUUGAUCAGAAACAUUUAAAAACUGUAAAUAAAUGUCCUUUAGUAA